CAGCUCCACCUCCGGCACACGGAGCGUUUGUACACCUGUAGUGUGAUUUUUAAUUGAACGUCGCUUGGAUAAAAAAGAAAGAAAGAAAGAACUAACUAAAUCGAUUCAAUAUGAGCGAAGCCACCUGGACACAUCGCGCCGGUGCGACUUAGAUCCCCUCUGGGAGGAGACGCGUGUGGUUCAGGACGACGAGGGUCUAGCUCGACAUUACGAUGCAUCUCGCAGCGGUGGUCUUAAUUCUGGUCGUGACGGGCAUCGCAAAUGGCUGGGAAUGCAACGCGGGGUGCAACACAGAAAAUGGAUUUUGUGAGAAGCCGGGGAAGUGCAGGUGCAAACCAGGCUGGCAGGGGGAGAACUGCGACCGGUGCGUGCCCUUCCCCGGCUGCCUGCACGGUGCGUGUGUGAAGGCCUGGCAGUGCAUCUGCAGGGAGGGCUGGGUGGGCAGCCUGUGCGACCAAGAUACGCGCCUGUGCUCAUCCAGGCCCUGUGCUGGUAAUGCCACCUGCAUAGAGACGCGAGAGGGAGGGUACCUGUGCAUCUGUCCCCCAGGUUACGCUGGAGAUCACUGCAACCAAAAGAGAGGAGUUUGCAUCACAAACGGCUCUCCUUGUCAGAAUGGAGGCACAUGUAUAGACGCUGACGGCUCCGCAGCCUCCUCUUCCUGUUCAUGCCCCCCUGGGUUUUCCGGAGACUUCUGUGAGAUCGGCGUUGACAGCUGCCAGCCCAGCCCCUGCCUCAACGGCGGCAACUGCACGAGCCGCGGCCUGGCCUUCACGUGCGACUGUCCCCGCGGCUUCGGGGGCUUCACCUGCAACGACACGGCCACGCUGUCGCCCUGCGCCGGCCGGCCCUGCGCCAACGGGGGCGCCUGCGUCGGCCGACCCGACGGAACGUUCCGCUGCAUUUGCCCGAAGUGGUUCACCGGUCCGACUUGCUCCCUGCAGGAGCGACCCAGGACCCGGCCCAGGCCGGCCGGCGCCAGGCCUGUGGACCACAGGGUUUUCUCGCUGACGCCACAGCAUUACUCCCUCCCUGCUCACGCCUUCCACAAGCUCCUCAGACCCCCCGAGAGGGACUUGCUCAAGAUCACCCUGAAGGAGACGGUCCACUCCCCGGGCGUCCUCGUCACCCACGGUCAGCUGGUCUGUUUUGGCAUGCUGGCGCUGCUCACCUGCCUCGUCAUCCUGGGCACCACGGGCAUCGUGUUCUUUGGCCGCUGCGAGACGUGGCUGGCGAAUGCCAAGUACAGCCAGCUCGUUCGGCAGCAAAGAGAACACCUGCUGAGAGAAGCCGGCAGCUCGAGCCAGGAGGAGCUGGAGCACUCGGUAAACCUCAUCCUGCCGGAGAAGAUUAGACUCACCAGCUUUGGGAGACACUACACCUCUAUCUGACUAAAGCAUCUUCCUCCCUCUCGCCCCUCUGAAGGGACUCUGCUAUGGAGGUCUAAAAAUAGCAGAAGGAACCAACCUUGCUGCUGUACAGUUAUGUUUAUACAUUUCAUAUACUGGACUAUAUGCACAGGAUUGUAGCCUGGAUUGAUAAUGUCUUUUAAUCUGAAAUCUAACCAUUAAACAUAAAACCCGUACCUUGAAUUUCUUACAUUCAUUACAUUUAUAUGAUAAUUAGAAACUAUUAGUCAAAAAGCUGUAAUAAAACAUAUGUAACUAAAUAGUUAGAAUUUUAUAAAUCGUGCUUCUGACUUUAUUAACAAUUUAACAAACUGAAUGUACAACUAUUCUGAUCAUUAUCAAGAAUAUUUAAUUUUUUGCACAUUACCUAAAUAUAAAAUGAAUGCAUUUUAGUGUUGAUUUUUUACAUUUAAGACGUUACAUCAUCAUUGGCCUUUUUAGUAUCAGUUUUGUACAGAACAACAGCUACUUUGACAUGUCCUCAAGAUAAGCGUACAAAGUCAUAAAUAACUGUACAAAAAUUCAUAACUGUACAGUCUGUGCUGACGAUGUAAAGGAUUUAUAUUCCUAAAUCCCAGUCUCUGAGGAUCAGCAUCAAUGCUAAAACUGUUGUAUCUUCUUCAUUGUCUAUUGAUUGGUCCCAAACUCGUUUAGAUUUUGCUACAGCGUUUUUGAGGUAAUGCACCCUGUGCAUCCGUGAGACCUGGAAUCAAUAGUGUAACAUCUGUUAAGUGUUAUUGAUUCGUGUCAUGUGGGAGACGGCCACCGUCCGGAUGGAGAGAAAUGUGAAUGAGAAUACUGAAUGUAAACAAAAAAAACAUGUCUGUAACUCAGUCAACAGUUGAUCAUGAUCAUAUUGUGUGAAAUAUUAAAGCUGGACCUCUCUUUCCCCUUUAGCCUCUUUUCAGCACUUUACAAGAAUAAUGUGAGUAGCUUUGUUUAAAAGAAUUUUCAGUUGAGAUAUCAUUGUGCUUAGAACAACAGAUUUGAAUUUCAGGCUCUGUAAGAAAUUGUGAAAAAGUAAAAUAAAAACACUGGGUGCCACUGACUGUGCCAUUAUACAUUUGUUCCAGUCUGGGAUUUUGCUGUACUUUCAAUAAAUAACGCUUCCUUGUAUGUUUUACUCCUUUUCUGAAAUAAACAAAUGUAGCCAUUGA